UCUACAUGGAAUAGGUUAAAUUUCUGCUUUAUUUUUAUUCAUUCACGGCCUUCAGGAAGUUUUUAUAACCGUGGUUAACUCCUUAACCUUCAUUCGUCCCCGCUAAAAGAAAAAAACCGCAAAUUGCGUUUCAAAACAUUAUUAAAUCGUCAACGUUCCGAUCUAUUUGUUGUAAGUUUCAAACCAAACAAGAAAAACAAAUUGAUUAAAAGUAUAUGAUUAGUUAUAUCAAGUCCACAAGUUCAUCAAGUUCAAUGUUCGUUUAAAACGGUGGUAACUGUGUUAAGUGCAUUUCUAAAUAAAAAGAUGAGGGUUUUUAUUUUUAUUCUUGUAAUUAUUCCCGGGAUUAUAGCAAUAGAACCUUAUAAUAAAAUCGCCAACUAUCUUAAGGAAUAUAUUAAAAAUGGUGUUCAUCAAGAAGGUUUAACACAAGCAGUCAAUGAACUAAAACAUUUAAACAACGCAACAUUUAGAAGCGAACAAAUUUGCAAUACUUGCAGAUAUGUUAUUGAUGGUGUUAUUAAAUUUCAACGAUCCGGAGUUUCCAAAGAAGACAUGCUUAAACUUAUUAAAUAUUUAUGUAACACUUUUAGCGAUCAUGGACCAUUAAUGUGUAAUUCUAUGGCCGAUAUGGAAAUUGACGCUAUGUUGUUUAUGAUUAAUAACCGAAAAAAUUUAACAGCUGAUCGAGUUUGUUCAAUCUACCUACAAAAUCAUCUUUGUGUAGAUCCUGAUGAAUAUGAUUGGGUUAUUGAUUUACCGACAGAACCUAACAAAAAGGAUUCGGUUAAUAUAAACGAUAAAAAACCGUUUAAAAUACUUCAUUUAACGGAUAUUCACGUUGACCCUGAUUACAAACCCGGAAGUGAUGCGGAUUGUGGAAAACCUUUGUGCUGUCAAAGUGGAGUUGGAAAUAAUUCCGAAACAACAGCUGGGUUUUGGGGUGAUUAUCACGUUUGUGAUAUGCCCUGGCAUUCAGUUAGCGAUUUAUUACAACAUGUUACAACUCAACAUAGCGAUGUAAAAUAUGUUUAUUUCACUGGUGAUAUCAUCGCUCACACUUGGAAAACUACCAAAGAAUCUAAUACAAAAGUAAUUCAACAAUUAAGUCGAGAAUUUAAAAAAUAUUUUAAAUCAACAAAAGUAUUUCCGAUCUUAGGAAAUCACGAAGCUCAUCCAUGUGAUUACUAUGCACCUUUAAACGUUUCCCUUGAAUCUGUUUCAACACAAUGGCUUUUCGACAUGGUUUCAUCAGAAUGGUCGGAAUGGUUACCUGAAAGCGCACAAGAAACCCUCAAAAUCGGGGGUUAUUACACGGUUUUAGUCGAACCAGGUUUUCGAAUAAUCGCGUUAAACAGUAACGUUUGUUACAUUUAUAACCUUUGGUUAGUGCAUAAUGAUUACGAUCAAUAUUCCCAAUUAAAAUGGUUGGUUGAAACGUUAACCGAAGCCGAAAAAAAAGGGGAAUUCGUUCAUAUUUUAAGUCACAUUCCACCGGGGGGAAUAGAAUGUUGGAAAAUUUGGUUAAAAAAUUUUAAUCGAAUAAUAAGGAGAUUUUCAAAAAAUGUUCGCGCUCAAUUUAACGGGCAUACUCAUUUAGAUGAAAUUCGAAUCUUUUUGGACGAAACUAAAUCACAAGCGGUUAAUGUCGCUUAUAAUGGAGGAAGUUUUACUACUUUUAUAGGAAAUAACCCCAAUUAUCGUGUUUAUGAUAUCUCUCCAGAAAAUGACGUUAUUGAUUAUCAAGAAUACAUUUACAAUUUAACUGAAGCUAAUAGAAACCCUAAUUCUCCACCAAAUUGGUUUAAGUUGUACUCAUUUAAAGAAGCUUACGGAUUAAAAUCAACAAACUUAUCGGAUCUUUACGAUUUAACAUUACGUAUGAAAAAAGAUCCCGAAAAAUUAUUAUUAAAGCAAUACUAUAAAUUUUAUACUCGCGAAAGUGAUGUAAAAAUGACAGAACCGUGCAACUCAAAGUGUCUCGAUAAUCUUAUGUGUAGCAUUACAGGAGUCGAUUUUAAGGAUUCUGUGAAAUGUCAGUAAAAAGAAUCAACUUUUUAAAUAAUAAGAAAUAAAGAUUUUUUAAGUAUG